GACUUUGCUCCUAUAGGUGGCACUGCAAUCUCAACUUCCUGUUUAUCAGAUACUCUGGAGCAGUAAUAUGAGCAAAGAUGAAGUAAGCAGAAAAUCCCAAGGUCUCAGUCGUUAGGCGAAUGGUUCAAUCCCGUAUCCUGCCAAAAUAUGGACUUCCAGAACAUUCUUUCGUUAGCAGCUCAAAAUUCCAACCCGAAACAGAUUCAGAAAAAGUUCAGCACACAACUUGCUCCUCCAAAGAAAGAAAAGAAAGAAAAAGAAGUAAAAUCAGAUGUGGUGAAGAAGUUUAUUGAAGAGAAAGAGAGGGAGAAAAGAGAAGCAGAAGAGGCCAGAGAGAGGAUUAAACGUAAAAUCCAAGAAGCACAGGACCGCAAGAAGAGAGAGAAAGAACUCAAGUUAAAGAGGGAAAAAGAAGAGGAGGAGAGGAAAAGAAAAGAGGAAGAAAAGAGGAACCGAUUUAAAAUCCCAAAGAAAGGGGAGAGUACUGCAACUACUGAUAAGAACGAGAUUAAAAGUUCUAUAUCAUCGUCAAGUUCACCAUCACUCUUUUCAUCUUCAAAAGUUAAAAAGGAAUCUUCGGACAGGAAAAUAUCUGUGGUGAAAAAUUCAGAAUCUAAAAAACAUGAGAUUGUUUCCAAAAAGUCUCAAAAUAAAGAUAAACAUUCUGGAAAAGUUUCUGACAAGGUGAGGUGUUCUUCAAGUAAAAGUAAAGGGGAGGUUGUAGAUCCCACAACAGUCAAACCUACAGCUCUAUCUUCACAUAACAGAAGUUCACAUUUAUAUGAUGGCAUCGAAAAGAAAGUCAUAAAGAAUGAGACAGACAUUGAAAGGAAACGACGGGAGUUCGAGGAAAAACGAGCUCGUCUUAUGCAGCAAAUGAAAGCAAAAAAUACUGACUCUGAGAAACCGGUUGUGUCAAAGAAAACAGAGAAGACGAAAAGCAACAAAGAUUCCGACAAAAAAUCUGAAAAUUUGAAAAAGAAAAGCAAAAAUGAUAAACCAUCAGAACAGGAGAAAAUCUCAGAAAAAAUUGGUUUGCCUAAUAACAAACCAGGUGCUACCUUUGGGAGACCAGACAGUCAUAAGCUAUCGAUGAAUGAGAAAACCAAAUCACACAACAGUGGCAAAAAAAUGCCACCACCAAUGGGAUUCAGUGACCUCCUGAAAUUAGCUCAGGUCAAAUCUAAUGAGCCUGUGAUCAUAGAAAAAGUAAAAAAAAAUGUAGACAGGAAGGAACCCGAGAGGCUGAUGACAAAGGAGGAGCGCGAACGUUUCAUGGAAGAACAAGCAUGCAAACAAAGAAAAUUAUCAGUAACUGGGAAACCUCAUUCCUCCAGUGGAAAUAUGAACGAAAAACCCUUAAAUAAGAGAGAAAAUGAUCAUAGAAACUCCAAACAUUCCAAAGAGAAAAACUCCAUUGAUAAAGAGGAUCGCAAUUCUCCAAAACUCAAAAACUUGUUAGUAAAUGGAGUGAAAGGUAGUUCGUCAGGAGCAGGUGUGACUUCUGAGAGAUUACCAGUAAAACGAAAAUCAGAAAUGUACUCAAACUCAAAGUCGUCAUCAGAUAUGAUCUCAAAAUCCACCUCAUCAAGUGUUUUCAAUAGACCAACUGAUCAUUUAGAUGCAAAGAAAAGGAGAUUGGACAGCACACCCAUGUCAAAGGGAGGUAGAUCCUCUCCUAGCUAUGGGAAAUCAGUGAAUAGGCCUAAUGGUCAGUCAAAGAGUAGGCCAAGUGGUCAGUCAGAGAAUAGGCCAAGUGGUCAGUCAGAGAAUAGGCCAAGCGGUCAGUCAGGGAAUAGACCGAGUGGUCAGUCAAUGAACAGGCCCAUUAGCCAGUCAGGGAAUAGACUUAAUAAUCAGUCUACUAGACCAGCUCAGAAACGAAAAGCCUAUGACAGUGAGAAUGAAAAUGUCUUAGUGUGUGGGCCACCAAAACCCGAGGCUAAUUUGAAUCCAUUCGAUCGCAUUUAUCAACAAAUCAAGAAAAAGAAUCCAAAACCAGAGGUGAAGAAACGUCGUAUUGAGAGUGACAAUGAAGACAGUGAAUAUGAUGAGGACAUGGAGGGUUUCAUCACAGAUGAGGGCAGUGACCUUGAUGACUAUCAACAGAACAUGGACUACUCCCAACAUAUCCGCCAGAUAUUUGGUUAUGACAAACGAAAAUAUAGGUAUGAAAGUGACAGAGAAAUUGCCAAUAUGGAAUCCAAUUUUGCCCAGCAGAUGAAGGAGGAAGCAAGAAGUGCCCGCCUUGGGUUGCAAGAGGAUUUGGAAGACAUUAGGAGAGAAGAGGAGGAGUUAAGGAGGAAGAUGGAGAAGAAGAAGAGAUAGCGAGGAUGUUUCUGAUCAGUGAUUGGCAAAUGUGUAGUAGAGAUUAACAAACAUUUCUAUCUGGAAUUUUACUGCAUUUAGUGUGUAAUUAUGAUAAUGGCUUAUCCCAGGAACCUUUAUUCACUCACCUGAGGUUUAGAUUUGUUGAUUUUUACAUUUAAACCUCUUCUCAAAAAUUACCUGACCAAUGCCAUUCAAGCUUGACAUAAACUGUCCAUGGGUAAACAGAAUGCAAAUUUCUUACGGUUAAGUGUGUUCAAAUCAUGAUGUUAAAAGCUCAUCCAGGGCUGCAAUAGUCAUCCAGAGUUCAUGUAUAUUGUACAUUAAUGUGUAUUGCAUAAGCGCAUUCCAGAUUUAGUGCAAUUAUCUUUCAGAAUUAAUUUGGCAUCAUCACAAGUUUCAUGUACCUCUCUGCCUUCUGAUUAGUGUGGUGGUGACUGAACCAAAGACAUCAAAAUAUGAAUUCUACUAAAAAUAAGAACAUAUACACCAAAAUAUAAAUCCUGUUAAAUACACUUUCACCAAACUACUGGCAUGAAUCCCUUUACAAAUGCAUGUAUAUACAUGUACAACUGUACAUGUUGAAAAAAAUAUUCAUAUCAGAUUAAUAUGCUGUCAUCAUCAUGUAAUGUUUGUAUGAACCUGGGCCCCUAAUGGAAAUUGAUUUACAGUUGAUGUUAUAUGUAUGUGACUUACAAGCGAUGAGGUCACAAAGGAACCAAUAGAUUUUACAUGGAAAUUCUCAUCAGAACAAAUAUCUUUAUGUAAGAUAGAUUUGUGCUGACCAUCAUUUCCCUCAAAUAAGUGAGGGAAGGUCAAGUUUGUGAAUUUGUUCUCCAUUUCUUACUGACGGUGGGGUGACUUGGGUGAGUGAUUUGACAGCGAGGUGACACGGGUGAGUGAUUUGUGACCUCUUUGCCUCAUUUUACUGUUUAUUCCGCUUCAGUGGCAUAGCACUGCUUCUAAGUUACUGUGAACCUGAUUAACAAAGGUUACUAUAAGGUAUUUAUUUCAAAUAGCUAGCCCAAGAAAUUGCCAGCUACUGAUAAUGACACAGCCUGUGAUAAAAUGUGCUUUUUUUUUUGUCCUGUUUAAAUUAUAUAUGUUUUGUGAGUUGUUGAUUCCAGUUCAGAUUUCACUUAUUGUACCCUGCUUACAGUGCCAUGUAAUUUUGCGUAAGAAACAAGUACUUCGUAAAUUCAGGUACAAGGGAAUUUAUUGGAUGUAUUGUAAUACAUGUACAAAGUCAUGUGAUCUGUUUUGCCCCAGAAAUUAUAAAAUUUUAGAGUCUUUCAAUCUGUAUAAGAUUAACUAUGGUCUGUAACAUGCAGUCAAAAUGUACUUAUACAUCAUUAGGAUACAGCUUUUGCUGCAAGUAGUUCCCAUAAAAAUUAUUUAUUAAGCUAGAAAAUCCUUGCAAGGCAUUUUUACAUGUGUCUAAUUCCAUCAUUUAGAUGAGAAAAAAAUUUCAUUUAUCGUUAAAUUAUUAAGAUGCUGAAUAUUUUAAAAUUUAUAUUUAUUUUGUUUGAAAAAAUUUAAAUACUUGUACUACUGCCAGAGGUAUGGUAUAUAGAUUUUUGCUUUUAUUUCAAUACACUGCUUUUGGAAGAUUAUAGACAUAUUAUAGCAUGAAAUGUUACCAUAAUAAUAUUUUUCCUCUACUUGUAAAUCUAGUCAAUCUUGUUGAAAAAAUCUUAUUGCAUUUUUACUAAUUUAUUUUGUUGAAACAGAAAAAUAUUCAUGAAUAUGCAUACACCAAGAUUAGGCAACUGCAUUGGAUUGUAUAAUUACCUGGAUUUGGUACUCAAUCAUUUUUUUCUUUCAUAAAUUUUAUUGGCGAUGAUAAACUAGAAUAUGUUCUAUGAAAUCACUUAAAUUUAUGGGGGCCAACUUUCAUGGAUUGCCAAUAUUUGACAGAUUUGUUGCGAUGUUAUUUUGUGACUUUGGUUUAUGUAGAUUGAAACAUUUAUUGUAUACAUUUCAUUGAGUUUUGGAAUUCAGGGAAAUGCAGCAUCCAUGAAAAUUGAGGUCCCAUGUAAUAUAAUGAUUCUUUAGUAUAUACAAAUUACACCAGUAUUUUGAAAUUCAUAAAUAACACUUAAACACAUACAAAUUUUAGCUUAGAUUGUGCAAUAUAGUAAUUCUAGUACAGAAUUGAAAUUGAAAAAUACUCUUUUGAGGAAAGUUGGAUUAAAAUUGAUUGAUUGUAUUUAUACAUGAGCCUAUGUUAGGUAAAUACAUGUCGAUCAACUUUGUGAUGCUGGAUUUCAGGCAUCAAGAUGUUAUGAUAUGGUAAAGAGGUGAUUUGUGUUACAGAAUGGACUACUUCCAUAACAUGUAUCCUGUCUUUGAGGUUGGGAUCAAAUAAUUGAAGGGUGCCAACAGAUUUUUAAGAUUCAAUGCAUUAAGUCUCUAAAUAAUGCAUUGCUAUUUUAGUCAAAGUGGACCUGAAAUGGGUUUUUAUGCAAUGUUUUAUCAACAAAUAUUGAUUCAGAAAACCUAUAUAAUGUAUAUGGGCAUAUUGUGGAAAAAAUAAAAUGGAUCUAGAUUGCUUUAUAUGGGUUUUAGGAAAAAUGUUUGUUUUUGUUAAUGCUAUAACCCUUUCUUAUUAAAAGUAACAAAUACAUACUUGCAGUUUUGAAUGCUUAGUACAUAUAAAUAUCACUUUAUAUAAUUUAGUUAAUGAGUUGAAUUAAACGUUAAAAAAAACUAUGAUGACCUGUCACACUUGAGUGAGCACAGAAAGGCCCAUCUGAAUUAAUUACAAGAUCCUGACUCUGUUAAAAAGCCAUGUUGUGUGUGCUGUUACUUGUACAAAUGAUACAUUGUUAAUUUGUUUGUGUAGAGAUAGAUUUAAGUAUAUGCAUUAACCAUGAUUUCUGUAAUUAACUGCCUGUAAAUAUUAUGUGAACCUAGUACAGUGUGUAUGUGCCUGUACAUUAACACAGAGGGAAGAAAUACAGUUGUUUCAUAUA